GUUCCAGGCAUGAAGGGACCGGAAAGCAGCCAGAGCAUCACUGAUAACAUCUUGUCAAAUCCUUAUUCAGGUAUUCAGUUUGCAUUCGACAAACGACGUCGAAACCUGGAAAAGCGUAAGAACCGUUUGUUGCAAUACGAGGCGGAUUUGAAAGACGGUAAAAAACUUAGUGAGCAACAGAUCGAAGCUCGGUAUUGUAUCGGAGAAGUCGAUACACAGCUAGAGUUUCUGAAAGAUAUCAGCAGGGUCUUGCAGACACUGCAAAAGGAAUACCUUCGUGGCGUGAAACAGCGGGAUGAUGGAAUGAAGAAAGAGCUCGCUGAACAUGAACGAAAACGUUUGGAGGAUUUUAUCUACUUUCAAAAUAUUAUCGAACGAUUCGGUAAAGCGGAAGUCAAGGAUGUCUUCUUAAGUGGCACGGAUAAUAAAGCGUCCUUAUUUUCAGAGGCAAAACCAGAAGUAUCAUCGAAGCGACGUUCGAAUGGAGCUCAGGAUGGUUUUAUCAAUGGCGUUGAACAGGUGAAUGGAUUUGGAGCUCGUGGUGAUGAACGCCGCCAGGUGCGUGGUGCUAAAAGUUACGGUACUCAACGUAAUGACUUUGGGAGUGGCGGUGCAAAAGGAGGUGAUUUUGGAAAAGGUCUAGAUGCUGAACGUGGUCGCACUGGUGGUGGCAGUAGACGUCAGGAACGUGAUAACUAUGAUGGCCCUCGGAACUUUCGUGGCGUACCUCGCAACAGCGGUCGAGGUUUUGGUAGUUCAGGUGGUCGAGGUGGUGCUUCCAAUUUGACACCGCGUGGUUCCGGUUUUCGAAAUGCCAGUAAUAGUAACAACAAUCAGAUGAAUGGCGGUUUCAAGGGUAAUGGUAAUGGCGGAGGAGGACUUAGCGGAUGUGGAUAUAACGGACCACCGCAGCCGCCGCGUCGUCAGCUGGGAUUCAAUUUUGCUUCAGAUACAUUCUGAAUAUAGCUAUAUCAACGAUAUGAUUCAUUUUUUUAUUUGAGGUCGUAUUUUGAGGAACAGAUGAAUUAUGUGGCACCGUUAACGCUUUAUUUUGAUUUUUGAAAGAAAAAAGUUUUUCUCUGCAGAUUUUUUUCUCUUUGUUUUAAGACUUAACCAAAAUUUCUGGUUUUUGUUCACCUCGUCAUUGUUUCCUCUUUAAAGCGCGGCUCUUUCAGUGUGUAUGUUUAUUAUUUUAAGCUUUCUUUAUCAUCGUCCUUUUUCCAU